AUGAGUUCUGAUGAUAAAUACGAUUCCGCUUUAGAUUUAUUACGUCGUUUAGAUCCAACAAAACUAAAGACCAAUUUACAAAAUUUGAUCAGUUUAGAACCUUCCAUGGCUGAAGAUUUAUUGUCUUCAAUUGAUUUACCAUUAACAAUUAAACAAGACCCAAAGGCAUCUAAUCGUGAAUUUUUAUGUUGUGAUUACAAUAGGGAUAUGGAUUCUCAUAGAUCGCCUUGGUCUAAUGAUUAUUAUCCACAAUUAACUGCAGAUGACCUAGCAGAGAGUCCCUUCCCAAGUGAAAAAUUGAGAGAAUUAGAAAUUAUAUGUAAUGAUUCAUUUGAUGUUUACAGAGAUUUAUAUUAUGAAGGUGGUGUCUCUAGUGUUUAUUUAUGGGAUUUAGAUGAAGAAUCUGAUUUUGCAGGUGUCGUCCUUUUCAAGAAAAGUAACAGUAGUUCUAGUAAUUGGGAUAGUAUUCACGUAAUAGAAGUGACAAACUCCGGUAAUGGUGAUUAUAAUUAUAAAGUUACUACUACUAUUAUUUUACAAUUAGAUAGUAAUGCAACUUCGGAAUUGAAACUAUCAGGUAAUUUAACAAGACAGACUGAAAGAGAUUUUAGAGUAGACACUAAUAAAGAAGACCAAUUACGUAUUGCCCAUAUUACUAAUCUUGGUACCUUAAUUGAAGAUAUUGAAUCUCAAAUGAGAGAUAUGCUAGAAACUGUGUAUUUUGAAAAGACAAGAGAUAUUUUCCAUCAAAAUAAAAAUAGUCUAAUAUCUAGAAACGAAUCUGAAAAGAGUGCUCAGGCAGAGAUCGUCAAGGGUCUACAAAAUUUGUAA